AUGGUCAACCGCGAGGAAGCAAUGUGGAACUUUUGGUUUUCUAUGCUAAAAGAUCAAAACUUUUUGACACUGUUACUUUUGCCGCUCUUGCUGAGUCUCAAUCAAAGCCGGAGUAUAGAUGAAAUAAUAACGCAAGAUAGAACGGCUCACACUGCUUUUGCCUCUGAUGAAGGUGCGGAAGGUGAGGAAGGUGGCGAUGACCAACUAGUUUGUUUUGAUGCUGUCACAACGAUAAAAGCAAUCAAGCCUACGAUAAACAGUAUUCCACCUAUUAAUGUUACUUUAUGGUUCAUAACUGAAAACGUUGACAAUUCAAAUUUGCGUGUAUUUAUACCAAACAUGAAGAACAAUCGAACCUUAUGGAUGAGAAAUUGUAUUGUCCCUUAA